GCAAAGCAGAGAGUUCGAGUUUCAAAUGUGUUCCUCCGCCGUAGCUUCCGGUGAAUCAACCACAUCUCCGGCCGAUGAGCUUUUCUACAAAGGUCAACUUCUUCCUCUUCAUCUCCCUCCUCGUCUCAAAAUGGUACAAAAGCUUCUUCUCGCUUCCUCCUCCUCCACCGCCGCAACAGAAACUCCUAUUUCCCCACGCGCCACCGUAUCCUCGCCGCGGAGAUUCAGUAGCAGUGAGAUCGGACAAGACGAGCAGUGUUUCUUUGAGAUUUCGACAGAGCUCAAGAGAUUCAUUGAGAGCAACGAGAAUCAUCUUGGAAACAGUUGGAGCAAAAAGAUCAAACAUUCAUCGAUAACACAAAAGCUUAAAGCCUCACGCGCUUACAUAAGAGCUCUGUUCUCAAAACAAGCCUGCUCAGAUUCAUCAGAUAUCAAUCCAAGAUUCAAAAUUGAACCUUCUAAAGUCUCAAGAAAGAAGAACCCAUUUGUGAACAGUGACAAUCCUCAAUUGUUUCAUAGAAGAUCCUUCUCUGGUGUGAUACAGAGACAUUCUCAAGCUAAGUGUUCAACAUCUUCUUCUUCUUCUUCCUCUGCGUCUUCGUUGUCUUCUUCGUUCAGUUUUGGAUCAAACGGGUCUUUGGAUCUGCAGACACUGAUGAGAAGCAGCAACGCGAGUGAUAACUCCAUUGAAGGAGCUAUUGAGCAUUGUAAGCAGUCGUUUACUACUAGGAAGAGCAAUGUGACAGAAUCUGAGCUCUGUUCUUCAAGAACCUCUGUUUCUACUUGUGGUGACCUUGAAAAAGAUUGAGAUUCUCAGAUCUGUGAAGCUCUCUUUGAUUCUCAUUCCAAAAGGAUACAAAAAAGGACGUAAAAAAGUUCAAAAAGAUAACUUUUUCUUCUACUCUGAUUUUUUUACUUUUGUAUUUUAGAUUCUUUUGUGUGCUUUUGUUUUAGAAGUUUGCUGAAUUCGAUGUUUCUUUGUGUUAUAAACGUUAAUGCUACAA